GCUUCGGAGCAGAGCCUUUCUCUAAAAUGUGGUUAAUUCUCGUUUUUGUAGUAAUUUUUCUAAUUUGUCUCUAUUUGGAGACGCAAAGAAUUUCGUUAAAUAAUCGCUUUAAAAAUAUCUCUGGGCCGAAACAAAUUCCAGUUUUUGGGUCGCCUUAUUCCAUUCGAGUUAAUGAAACGAGUGAAUUUAAAGAAGUUUUUGAAGAAUUAUUUAUCGAUAAGGUCGUGAAAUUAAUUUUUGGCGGGAAAUUAUUGUUGUUGGUUUCCGAUCCAGUUGUGCUGUCGCAAGUGCUGCCAUCUAAAGCAUUUUUGGAUAGACCUUAUCCAUUUGAUUAUUUUGAGUUUCCCACAGCGAUGCUGAGUGCCAAAUAUCCCCUCUGGAGACCUUUAAGAAAGCAAACAAAUGUCUGCUUCAACCUACGAGCGAUCAGUUCAAUGUAUCCCGUCCUCAAUAAAUACGCAAAUCGUCUUCUAACUGACCUUGAGCCACAUAUCGACGGACCGACAUUCGAUAUCAAUCAGCUAACUUUACGCAUGGGCGGUGCCCAGGUAAUGGAAAACCUCAUGGGAAUCAGUGGCGAGGAAUUUGUGAUCGAUCCAUUUGCUUUUGACAAGAUGGAAGACAUCAUCAUGGGUCGCAUGUUCAACCCCUUGUAUCAGCUGUGGCCCAUUUAUCGUCUUUCGGAUUGGUAUAAAUCGAAAAAAAUCGCAAACGAAACAAUUCACAAGUUUUUCGGGAAAAUAAUCGACGUCAAAGGAACCCCCGCCGAAACAAGUAACGGAGCAAAAAUUUUCAUCGACGAAAUGUUGCGAUUCGAAAAUAACGGCAAAAAAUUGUAUGGCAAAGAUUUAUCAGAAACCGUUGGAUUAAUGUAUUUAGCGGCUUUUGAAACAUCAGCAUUGACGGUAUCUUAUGCGUGCCUCAUGAUGGCUCUUCAUCCAGAAUACGAUGCGAAAUUAGCUCAAGAAAUCCAGGAAAAUUAUCACGAAAAUGAAGAAAUUGACAGUGAAAUGUUGAAAAAGUUCCCGUAUUUGGACAUGGUGGUGAAAGAAACUCUUCGACAUUUCCCCUCAGUGCCGUUAACAGCGCGGCAAUGCAUGGAAGAUUGUCAAGUUGAUCCCUUGGGUGUCAUUCCGAAAGGUACUAUUUUGGUUUUCAACUUUUGGAAAUUGCAUCGCUGGCCCGAAUUCUGGGGACCUGAUGCGAAAAAAUUCAAUCCUGAUAAUUUUUUGCCGGAAAAUGUCGCUGCACGUCAUCCAUACGCCCACUUGCCCUUCAGCAGCGGUCCGCGAAAUUGCGUGGGCAUGAAUUACGCAUUAGCUAGCAUCAAAGUGGGUCUCAUUAAGGUCUUAGCUAAAUACAGAUUUACGUCAAAACUGAAGCUAGAAGAAUUUCAAUUCAAAGCUAGUAUCACGUUGAAGCUCGUUGGAGGACAUCAAGUACAAGUGCAUCGCAGAUAAAAAAAAUUAUGAUUUCUGCGAAAAGGAUCGAUUUUAAGAAUAAAUUAUUUUAUAACGCGUGAUAUAAAUUUUCUUUCUAGCAUAACGUAAUAGCUUUCCA